ACCAUCUGGCAGCACUGAGAACUCAAAUAACUGCUUAUUAUGUUGAAAAUACAACAGAUUGCAGAAAACUAUUAAUUUAAAUUUUUUGAUUAUUUCUUAUAAGACUAUGACGAAAAGUCUCGAUAUUAGUUUCGAUACUUCAGAGUUAUUAUACAAUGCUGAAAAACUUGUUGAUGAAGUUGAAAAAAAACUUUUUAAAGUUAAUUGUGAUAUAACAAACUUUCAACUUGACGACGAUAGUUGUCUUGACGGAAGUGAAUUGUAUAUUCGAGAUAUUGUUAAUACUAAAUUUAAGGAAAUAAAUAGAAAUAAAAUACCAGCUAACAAUAACUAUUGGUGUUAUGAAAAUCAUAUAAAAUGUCAACCUGGUAAUUAUGAACUACAGAAAAUUAAUAAAUCCACAUUCAGGAAUGAUAUCAUUAGAAAAUCAUCUAGAGAUAUAAAAAUAUCUCAUGAACCAAUAAAAAAUGAUUCAAAAAAUGUAAAAUUACCACAGCCUAAGAAGUAUUUCAAAAAAGGAAAUUUAAAUACAAUUGAUAUUUUAACACGAUCUAGUCAAUCAUCUGUCAUGCCCUCAUUAAAACUUGAUACAUUACCAAAUGAAACUAACAUUGUAAAAGGAAAUAAUGAUUAUUUUCCUGAAUUGAAAAUUAAUUCGUGUAAACGAAAAAAAAAAAAUGAAAAUUCAAUUGAUACUGCAGUGCAAACAAGUUUUCAAGAAUUACCGAACGAUAAACUACCAGAUUUAUUAAAUAAAUCUUCAGAAUCUUUUAUUGCAAAAAAUAUUUCGAAUUCUUCGUUACCAAGUUGUAAAAUUAAGUCAGCAAUAAAUACAGAUAAAAGUAAUCAUAAAGAGAUUAGUAAAAAUAAUUUAGAUCAACAAGUUUUGAAUGAUAAUAAAAAAUCAAAAAGGUCGUUUAUUGAAUUUAUUUGUCAGAUCGCUGAAUUAGAAAUUAAUAAUUCAAGUGAGGUGAAGUCUGGAGAUUUUAUAAAAGAGAAUCAAAAUGAUUUUAACAAUAAUAAAAGUUCAGAUAUCGAAAUAAUAAAUAAUGAUUUUAAUCGGAAUAAAACCAAACUAAAUUCUCGGGAAUACAAAGAUGUCGAUGAAAGAUUAAAUAAUUUAGAUAUAAAAAUUAAAAAUAUUGUUGAAAAUACUAGUAAAUUAGAUGACCAAUUCAGAUGUUAUAACAAUCGUAAUCAUAUUGAUUUCAAAAUAAAUAGUAAAAGUAAUAAAAGAGAUAAUAAUUUUGAUGGAGUGAAAUUUCCAUUUAAGCCACGAUCAAGAAUUUCAAGUUCUGAAAUAAUAAUAACUAGUGAAACAUUUAAGUCACCUGAGAGAUUUUCAACACCAUUGAAUAAUUGUAAUUAUAUCGAUAUUCCUGUUAAUGUUGAUACAAAUAAUACUUGUAAUGAUGUCGAAGAACUUUCUACAUCUAUUACUAAAUUUGAUGUAAACAAUGAUUCAAAAGUCUUUAUAACGAGAAAUAAAUUUUCUCUAUCAACGGCUAUUGAAAAUAGUAUAGACAAUAGUUAUGAAAUAAUUGUUAAUGAAAAAUCUAAAAUCGAAUUUUGUUUAUUAGAAACACAAAAAGAAAUUAAUAAUAAAAUACAUUCAGAUAAAGAUAAUGAUUUUCCUAAAAAUUAUAUUGUGAAAAAAUCAUAUUGUGAACAAGACGCAAAAAAUAAUCAUUGUUCUUUCAACAGCAGUAACGUGAAUAACAAAAAUACAUCUGGCAAUAAUGAAAAAAAAGAAUUUGAAUCUAAAAAAUCAUCAAUUUCAAAUGAGAAAGAAUUACUUGAAAGUGUUAGAUCACAAGAAAAUAUAAAAAAUAAUAAUAGAAAAGUUGAUAAAACUGAAGAUUCUGGUAAAUUUGAAAAAAAUAAUCCCACUAUUGAGUCAUCAAAAGAUGAUCUUCGGGAUCGUACUUCCUUUGACGUAUCGGCAAUUUAUUCUGAAAGUUUUGAAGCAGCAUCUUUAACUGAAGUUGAAAGUACAUUAGACGAGCAUAAAGAAAUUAAUGAUGGUAAAAUUGAAAAUUUUCAGUUACAUAAAAAUGACGAUACAAAACUACAAGCUAAUGUAUUAAUCAAUCGUGAAGAAAAUACAAUCCAUGAGACUACAAUUGUUGAAGAUUCAAAAAAUGAAUUAAAAAAUAGGGAAAGAACUACCUUAGACAUUAAAUCAAUUUCUGUUAGCGAGAAUACUAAGAAAAAGAAUAAUAUUGAUCAAUCAAAAAAUUCAAAUUUAAGUAUUCAAUCAUUAACAGAAAAAAAUGAAAAUAGAAAAGAAUUUUUAUCAAUGUAUUCUUUACCAUCAUCAUAUAAACAAAUACAAAAAAAUACUCCAUCAGUUCAAACAUUUACUGAAGAAAAAGGAAAAUCUAGUACAAAUGAUUAUUCAGAAGGUGAAUUUUAUUUACCAAUUUCGUAUUCUCUCGGUGAAAUAAUAACAAUUACUACAUCUAGUUUACAAGGAAAUGAAAAUUUAAAUUAUUACCAAAAUUUAACUGACGGUUUGCAUGAUACUUUAAAUUUCCAGUCAUUCGUCGACAACAUCAUCCAAGUUGGCCAAGAAAUGUCUUACACAGUGAACCAACAGUAGUUUAUCUCAACCGUAUGCUGAAGAACUGGAACGCAGCAAUAUACGUCAGAUACCACGUGCAAAUAUUUAUCAACUCGAAAUUAUUUUUCCGACAAAUUAACUGACGUUACUAUUCCAUUGAUUUAAAAUAAAUUAGUUUAAUCGGUUGAAGUACCUUUACCCUACAGACUAGUUGGUACAAAUCGUAUGAAAAGUAAAAAAUUGUUUGAUUUUGGAAUUCUAUAUGAUAAUUAUAGUUUAAAAGGACCAAAAAUUGUUAAAUGAUAGAUUGACAAGAAGUUAUGAUAAGUAUUUCAGAUUUGGAUGCAGUAUUAUUAAGUCAUGUGACUAAAGGUACUGUAAAAUCGUAUUGUUAAGAAGUACAUGUGUUCAUAUUAUAAUUAUUUAGGACAAUUAUGAUGAAAAAAAAGGAAGCAAUUGUUAGAAUUA